GAUCUGUCAGCAGUGUUGUUGUACGGUGCUGAGAAGACACAGCAGUGACUAUGAUUCAAUAUAAUGGAGACAUAUGGAGAUAUCAGAGACUGGGAUUAUUGAGUACACCUACAGAGAUUUGGACUGGACAUAAAACUGCCACAGGCUUCUGAUCCCACUGCAGAUAUUGGUGUUUUCUGGAUAUAACGCAGUGAAGUUACAGGAAUCUUUGUCACCCCGGACCAGAGGAAGACAAGGGGGCCUGAAAUUACAGGGACGGCGGUUGAAGUUGAGCUACGGGCUGCGCUAGCUAAGUUAGCAUUUAUCCAGUAACAGCAAGUCAUUUUUAUUCACGGAGAUUUGUAGUUAUUAAAUGCAGUGCCACGUGUUGCAUUGCGUAGCGUAACGCAUAGCGAGUGUCAGUGUCUUCUAAUAUCUACCGUGUUUGAUAACUGCUAACUGCUAAGCUAACUAGCUCUCUGGCAGGGGAUAGCUUGUUGUUCACCACAGAGCUUUUCUUAAAUGGGAAUAAAAACACAGCCUCCAGGUUAGCUAGAUUUUUUGCUAACUAGACAAAUAUAUGAUUCGCAAAGAUAUGUGCUCCUAUACUUUGCAAAGACGCUUAUUAUAAUUAUUAUUCCAGGCAAUAAGCAUGUUUUUCUUCUCUACGUAGACUUAUGCCACCAAGCCAAAAAGAGUUAUCCCGUCCGGAUACAGCUUGCACUUAUUUUCAGAAAUAAGGAUGUUAUCUUUUUCAAGUAGGACAUUCCUUUGAGAUUGGAAGCUCUUUUUGUUAUCUGAAAAGGUGGAAGACUGAAUUUGGAAGACUGUUUAGUUAAGACCGAAAAAGAGGCAUAACAAAGACUUCAAGUUGGUGGACACAACAUUCGGUUCAUGGCAUAACAAGCCUUUGUUUUGGUUCAAGUGUGUAGAACAACACACAAGGGGGAAGUUUACAGUCAUUCCUCUUCAGCCCCUGGACUCAGACGGGAUGCACCAUGGGCAGCCAGGGCAGCCCAGUGAAAAGCUACGACUACCUGCUCAAGUUCCUCCUGGUGGGAGACAGCGAUGUGGGCAAAGGAGAGAUCCUGGACAGCCUGCAGGAUGGAUCUGCAGAGUCCCCGUACGCGUACAGUAGUGGUAUCGACUAUAAAACCACCACCAUCCUUCUGGACGGGAAGAGAGUGAAGCUGGAGCUUUGGGACACCUCGGGCCAGGGGAGGUUCUGCACCAUCUUUCGGUCAUAUUCCCGCGGGGCUCAGGGGAUCCUGCUGGUGUAUGACAUCACAAACCGCUGGUCCUUUGACGGCAUCGACAGGUGGAUCAGAGAGAUCGAUGAGCAUGCACCAGGAGUGCCUCGGAUCCUCGUUGGUAACCGGCUGCAUCUGGCCUUCAAACGGCAAGUUCCCACGGAGCAGGCGCGGGCGUACGCCGAGAAGAACGGCAUGACCUUCUUCGAGGUGAGCCCGCUGUGCAACUUCAACGUCAUCGAGUCGUUCACGGAGCUGUCGCGCAUCGUGCUCAUGAGGCACGGCAUGGAGAAGUUCUGGAAGCCCAACAGAGUGUUCAGCCUGCAGGACCUGUGCUGCAGAGCCAUCGUGUCGUGCACGCCGGUCCACCUCAUCGACAAGCUGCCGCUGCCCGUCGCCAUCAAGUCGCACCUCAAGUCCUUCUCCAUGGCCAACGGCAUGAACGCCGUCAUGAUGCACGGACGCUCCUACUCCCUGGCCAACCCCGCCGGCGGCUCCAAGGGGAACAGCCUGAAGCGCUCCAAGUCCAUCCGUCCGCCUCAGAGCCCGCCGCAGAACUGCACCCGCAACAACUGCAAAAUCUCCUAGUAAACGCUCAGGAGGCGCUUGUUCAGGAUGUUAGAGGAAAAGAGCACAUCCCUAAACCUGAGGAGCUGAAGAGCAAGAAUGAUGGAUAAAGGGAUGGCUUCCUGCUCUCUUAAAGAGCCUUUCCAGAGGAGAAGCCCCACCGGGUAUCAGAGGAGAGCACGGAAAAACAUCUGGGUCUCCACAGACCGGACCCCCACGAGAGUCACUGCUGGCGUUUUAACUACCUGUACAGAACUCUCUCACAAACGUAUUUAGUUCCUGGACAUGAUGCACGCCUCAUUGUGUGUGUGCAUCACAGAGAUCACCUCAACAUUCUUCACCUUUGAUGUCUCACAUUCCCCUCUUUCUUCUGGUUACAAGUCCACACCCAGUUCAUCUGCUGUUUUAAUGACCAGUCAGUCAUUUCAUUGAUCAUUGUGUCUCCUCAGCUGGCUGUAACGGUUCUGUUUGAAAACUCACGGGCGAAUUCACAAAGAAUGGAUUGUGGCUGCUGAUGGCAAAGUCCCUCACUAAAGAUAACACGGCGCUAAAAUGAUCACAGCACACCACCAAUGUUUUGCACUUGAGUGCAUUUAGCUAUUUGUGACAUGGAUCCAAGGCAGAAAGAACAUUUCCAGGCCGUGAGCUGCAGCUCCUGAAACACAAGAUGCAGUCAUUCUUCCAAUGUGACAAAGAGAAAGCGUUUCAGGAUUCAACCACCAACUCUCUGAAGUUAUCAUUUCACUGAAACGGCUUGUGCGCUGAUCUUUGUGAAUUGGACUCUUUUGGCAGGCCUACGAAGAGGCCAGUUUUGUGCCAAGUUUCUGCACAUGACCAAAUUGAAAUAUGUUCGAAUAGCACAGCAGCACAUUCAAACCACUGCGAAAGCGUUAACAAUGACACCUUUCUCUUUGUCUUAUAUGAGCCGCAGAAGUCGUGCAAUCCUUUUUGUGAAUUCGCCCCUCGUUUUGCCUCGAAGCUUAAAACUCUCUAAAGGGAAAUCUUGGCGACAACCUGAGUGAGGGUUUAAUAGCCGGUGUCUUCAGGACCACCUUUAAAAUCGUUUAAAAGACGCAGCCUGAUCCGGAUCUCAGGUCAGGACAUGCUGGUGCGCAGGAGUCCAUUUCUGAAUAUUGCCGUAGAGAUGUCAAUAUAAACACAAACUGCAUUUGUAAUGAGUCCGUUCACCUGCAACAAAGUGGCUUAAAGGAAGAAGAAAAAACACCAAAUUCCCCAUUUCUCUCAGUUUAUUUUCAUGUUUUAUUGUUUACACAACCACUUUCCACGGCAAGGGAUCCAGCGAUGCUUGUUGCCAUAGAUACCACUCAAUACUUUUUUUGUGAAUUUUUUUUUUUUUUAACUCGCAUCCACUUGGAAGAAAAACAGUUGAUCGCCAGAUGCUGCGGUUCAUUUUAUAUUUCUCAUAUGUGUUGAUAAAUCCCAUUAUGAGCUAGUCCUUUCUUGGCCAAAGGGCUUCUGGGAGUUGUAGUCAGGAGAGGUAAAGCCUCACACACUGUUGGAUACAGGCAGAGAUUACUUUUUACUAUCGCUCCUGUUUUUUUUUAAUCUCCCAAAUGUUUAGAGACACCUUCUUCUUCUUGUUUUCACAUUUCACACCUCCAGGCUUUUAUUUGAACUAAAACUCCGCUCCGUCUUAGUGGAACUCAAAUAGCGGGGGGGUGGGGGUGGAAUAUCACUUUAAUUCUCCUGUACUGUGUAGAAUUCCCCCAUCCCUCCCAGCCGUGUUUUCCAUACAUUGAUUAGAGGUGGAGCGAGAGGGAGUGCAGAUAUCUGAGAGGGGGGGGGGGGGUCGGGUAGAGUGGAAUGUCUGCAGUAUUUACAGUAAACAGCGCCUGUGUUUACCACUCUUCUCUGAAUGUCACUCAGUCCCCUUCAGCCUCUCGUCUCCUGCAGUAUCUCCCUAUAGGGCUAAACGACUGCUUUAGCUCCACAUCACAGAUUAUUGAUCAACAUAGUGUUAAAUACUUUAUGAAGAGAAAGCAGUGUAAAGUAGAAUUCAUAUUAAAAGCUUCCAUUAGGUUAACAUUUGUUCCAGAAGACAAAUAGUUUCAAAUCCUUUCAGACAAACCGGAGGAAAAGGGCAUACGAUGGGGAUUCAGGACCAGUGGGAAACGGCAGACACAAGUUGUCAACAUUGUUCAACAGCGAGGAAACAUUGGCUUUGAUUUGUAGGGUUAACGGUGUUGGACACAUGAGAGAAUGAAAGCAGCAUUUCUUCUUCUUCUUCUUCUUCCCUGCCUCUGAUGUACACCUCGCCUCUGCAUGCUGUCCCAUGAUUCAUAGUUACUGAAUAAUAGAUGCUCUUUUGGUAGAUCUCUGGAGGGCUUCAUCAGUCCGUCUCUUUCAUCCUCCUCUCAGCUCCACCUCUCAGCGUCCGCCUCGUUUUCUCGAUAACACAAAGAGUGAGCUGCUGCUGCAUACACUUUUCCCUCAGGUGUUCAGUGUGUUUUCUACGGAGGCCCGGAGGCCAUGGACAGAAAACACAUAUAUAUAUAUAUAUAUAUAUAUAUAUAUAUGGAGGUUUUAAAAAAUAAGGACUCAACUUGGGGCUCAAAAUGAUCAAUCACGAUAUAGUCAUAACGAUAUUAAUACUACGUUCUCUGGUAAUAUAAUUAUUAAAUAAAUAAUGACAUGUUAAAGCCUGUACACUUUUUUUCUCAUUUUAAGUUUAGUGCAAAAAUAAAAAUGAUGGCGAUAAUUGAAUAUCGGCCCAGCGUAACACGCGAUUGAAGCAAUAUUGAAAAACGCCCUCAACAUACGAACAUAUUUCAACGGUUUUCUAUAUAUCAUAAUAUUGCCCGGCCAUAACUCCAGCUUGUUGCCAAGAUUUCCAGAAGAGGUUUCCCUCUCUGUGUUUCAUCCUUGCGGACUUGUUUUGUGUUAUAUUGUACAUCCAGCCUCUGUGUGUUAUGUGAUAAUAACACACAUGUUUUGGUUCCACACCUCCCUUUUGAUUUGUUUUAUGGACUUCCUCCUCAGUGUUUGCUGACUCUGCUUAAUUGUGUUUCUCCUGAAAUGAGUUUCCAUUUUGGACUUUUAAAAAAAAGAAAGAAAAGGAUGGUGGAAGGUUCCGGACCGGAUAUUGUGGAAGUGUUUGUACAAAGGAGCAGACUGUUGUGAUGAGAACAAAAUGUAAAACACUAUUCUGGUUUUUGGCUAAAGCUGCUGAGUAAUCUGAAGUGAGUGUGUGAGAGAAAGAGAGUGUGAGUGUGUGUGUCUAGGUGUGUUUUGUGAGAAUGUUCCUUUAAACACAAAGCUGAACAUUUUCUUUCUUUUUUUAAAUUAUUGAUUGUACAGUUUUAAGGUGAGGGUAUGAAGAGAUAAGACUUUUUCACAAUAAAACUAUUGAAUGUUGGAGUCAA